ACAAGCGUGUUGUUUCCCUUCCCCUCAAGAUCAUAGGCUUUGUUCUUUCCUCCACUAACAAGUCUUCGUCGUCGUAAAACCAGAAGAUCAUUAAUGGCGGAAACAGAGACGUUUGCUUUCCAAGCUGAGAUCAACCAGUUGUUGAGUCUAAUUAUCAACACUUUCUACAGCAACAAGGAGAUCUUCCUUCGUGAGCUUGUUAGCAACGCCUCCGAUGCUCUGGACAAGAUUCGUUUUGAGAGCUUGACUGAUAAGAGCAAGCUAGAUGCUCAACCAGAGCUGUUCAUCCACAUCAUUCCCGAUAAGGCCAACAACACACUGACCAUCAUUGACAGUGGAAUUGGAAUGACUAAAGCAGAUUUGGUGAACAAUCUAGGUACCAUUGCUCGUUCUGGUACCAAAGAAUUCAUGGAAGCCAUUGCUGCUGGUGCUGAUGUUAGCAUGAUUGGACAAUUUGGUGUCGGUUUCUACUCAGCUUAUCUGGUUGCAGAGAAAGUCAUUGUCACCACAAAACACAACGAUGAUGAACAGUAUGUUUGGGAGUCGCAGGCUGGUGGGUCAUUCACAGUAACCCGGGAUGAAGGUGAACCCCUUGGCAGGGGCACUAAAAUUGUCCUUUAUCUCAAGGAGGACCAGCUCGAGUACCUUGAGGAGCGCAGGCUCAAGGAUCUGAUUAAGAAGCACUCUGAAUUCAUCAGCUAUCCAAUCUCCCUUUGGGUCGAGAAGACAACCGAGAAGGAAAUAUCUGAUGAUGAGGAUGAMGAAGAGAAGAAAGAUGAAGACGAAGAGAAGAAAGACGAGGAAGGCAAAGUUGAGGAGGUUGAUGAAGAGAAGGAGAAGGAAGAGAAGAAAAAGAAGAAGAUUAAAGAAGUGUCUCAUGAAUGGUCUUUGAUGAACAAACAAAAACCCAUCUGGAUGAGGAAGCCAGAGGAGAUCACCAAGGAAGAGUAUGCAGCUUUCUACAAAAGUCUCACCAACGACUGGGAGGAACACUUGAAYGUGAAGCACUUUUCKGUYGAAGGACAGCUGGAAUUCAAGGCUGUUCUUUUCGUACCCAAGCGGGCCCCCUUUGACCUGUUUGACUCGAAGAAGAAGCCCAACAACAUCAAGCUUUAUGUCCGUCGUGUCUUUAUCAUGGACAACUGUGAAGAGAUCAUACCCGAGUACCUCAGUUUCGUUAAGGGUAUUGUGGAUUCMGAGGAYCUUCCCCUUAACAUUUCAAGAGAGAUGUUGCAGCAGAACAAGAUYCUGAAGGUUAUUCGCAAGAACUUGGUGAAGAAAUGCAUYGAACUUUUCCAGGAGAUUGCGGAGAACAAGGAGGAUUACGUCAAGUUCUACGAAGCCUUCUCCAAGAAUCUCAAACUGGGUAUCCACGAAGAUUCCACAAACAAGACCAAACUCGCGGAAUUGCUCCGAUAYCACUCCACCAAGAGUGGAGACGAGAUGACUAGCUUGAAGGACUAYGUGACGCGAAUGAAAGAUGGUCAAAACGAAAUCUUUUACAUCACGGGUGAGAGCAAGAAGGCCGUAGAGAAUUCCCCAUUCCUCGAGAAGUUGAAAAAGAAGGGAUACGAAGUCCUCUACAUGGUGGACGCAAUUGACGAGUAUUCUGUGGGCCAGUUGAAGGAAUUCGAAGGAAAGAAGCUCGUUUCCGCCACUAAAGAAGGUCUGAAGCUUGAAGAAACCGAAGACGAGAAGAGGAAGCAAGAAUCUUUGAAGGAGAAAUUCGAGGGUCUAUGCAAGGUGAUCAAGGAUGUGUUGGGCGACAAGGUCGAGAAGGUGGUCGUAUCGGACCGCGUAGUCGACUCUCCGUGCUGUCUGGUGACGGGCGAAUACGGAUGGACGGCCAACAUGGAGCGAAUCAUGAAAGCGCAGGCUUUACGUGACGCAAGCAUGGCGGGAUACAUGUCGAGCAAAAAGACGAUGGAAAUAAACCCAGAGAACGCAAUCAUGGAGGAGUUGAGGAAGAGAGCGGAUGCGGACAAGAACGAUAAGUCGGUGAAGGAUUUGGUGCUGUUGCUGUUUGAGACAGCACUGUUGACAUCUGGGUUCAGUCUGGAUGAACCAAACACAUUUGGAAACAGGAUUCAUAGGAUGUUGAAACUGGGAUUGAGCAUUGAUGAUGAUGAAGCAGGUGAAGGCGAUGCUGAUAUACCUGCCCUUGAAGAUGCAGAUAUUGAUGCUGAAGGCAGCAAGAUGGAGGAAGUCGACUAAAAAUUCUCUUCUUUUUGAAGGUUUAUUAUUUUGGUGUUUUUUGAAAUAGUUGGCAAACUGCUGCUUUUUGUAUCGUUUGUCUGUUGGGAAUACACGUAUUUUGGUUUCUUUUAGAAUCCUUCUCCCAUCUUUGAUGUCUUUUCUGCUCAACUUCCAUUUGGUUUUGUGUAAUUCUCUUGUUGGAAGCACAAAAUGGUUUUUACAAAUCAUAGUAAAAAAAGCAUCCCAUUUU